AUGGCAAAUAAAAUAUUAUCAAUAGCUGACCUUGAGGAGGUUGCUUCCAACUCACUAUCCAUCUCCGCGAGAGACUUCUUCAACUCCGGUGCAACAAAUCAAGUCACGCUUCACGACAAUUAUGCUGCGUAUAGAAAAUACCGUCUCUUACCAAGGGUUCUAAGAGAUGUCUCAUGCGUCGACACUGGAAUUUCCCUCUUUGACCGAAAUAUCCUAUUUCCGCUCUGUGUCUCACCCACCGGAUUGCAGGUUAUGGCCCACCCAGAAGGUGAGUUGGCAACAAGCCGAGCCUGUGCCAAAAUGGGUAUAAAUAUGGGCGUCUCUUCCUAUGCCAAUCACUCGGUUGAAGAAAUCACCGUCGCUGGAAAAGAAGUGGGACCAAUUCAUCAUGUGAUGCAGCUCUACGCGAUGAACGACAAAGCUAAACAAGAACGGAUUGUCCGUCGGGCAGAGGCUGCGGGUUGCAAGGCAAUAUUUCUGACAGCAGAUAGUCCGGUACUUGGGGUGCGUUGGAAUGAAUGGCGCAAUGGAUUCAUGCCUCCAGUUGGCCUGGGGUACCCGAUGUAUGAGAAAACAUCUACCGAGAUUCAGCAACAAUCUCAUGAUGAUGGCUUUAGCUCGACAAACUCAGUUUCCCAUUCCUGGGCCACGGAGAUACCGUGGUUGCGCAGCGUCACAAAGAUGGAGAUUUGGAUUAAAGGCAUUCUCACCCCGGAAGAUGUCGAGACUGCUAUCGAAUAUGGUUGCGAUGGUAUCAUAAUUAGCAACCAUGGUGGUCGACAGCUGGAUGAGACACCAGCCACAAUUGAUGCGCUUCCUGCCUGUGCUAAGACUGCGCGGGGGCGGAUCAAGAUUCAUAUUGAUGGUGGAAUUCGAUCUGGGGUGGACAUUUUCAAGGCCUUGGCUCUUGGUGCUGAAUGCUGCUGGGUUGGUCGUCCUGCGCUUUGGGGACUCGCGGAGCGCGUUGUGUUCUACAGCUAUGGGGGAUGUGCUAAUAGCUCCCCAGUGACCAUAGGAAACGUGAACUACUCGUUGCACAAUAUGCAGUCCGAGAAGCAUACGCUUUUGGACAUAAAAGAAGUCUACAAUUCUGAUGACAAUGGCUUUGUUUCUAUCCACACCUGUCGCAAUAAGCAACAAAGAAAUCGCCCCUGUUGGGCGAGAACCCUAAGAAAAGGGCUCUGCUUCUUUGUGAUCACUGGUCUUAUUACCUACCAUCUAGGUUUCCCGCAUGGCUCUCCGUCUACUGAGAAGAACCCAUCCCCACACCUCGAGGCUCCCCCGCUUUGCCAGUCACAAGAAUGCAUUCAUGCUGCAUCCGAAAUCCUCUACAACCUAGAUCCUAAAUAUGAGGAUAUAGAUCCCUGCACUGAUUUCGAUCAAUAUGUCUGCGGUGGAUGGAGGGAGCACCAUGACAUGCGGCCCGAUCAGGGAUCGAUAUUUGCGGGCACAAUCAUGGAAGAGAAUGCCCAGACUAAACUUCGUCAUAUCCUGGAGCGCACAGAACCGCCGCAGUCAUCUGAUGCUGACAAUUUCAAGAAACUCAAGGCUGCAUACGAUGCUUGCUUGGAUGAGGCUACAGUCAACAAACGAGGCAGUGAGCCUUUGAUUAGCAUUCUGGAUGAACUGAGAACCAUCUAUCCUGCAAAAGCAGGUCUUGUGAAAGGAGCGCAGGACCAACUCACCAGUGCUCUGUUGUAUCUGGCAAACGCUGGUGUUGAAGCUCUGGCUUCUUCCGGUGUUACUCCCGACGACCGAGACCCCGAUAAUGUUGUGAUCAUGAUCUCGCCGCCUCGGGAAAUCGGACUUCCUGCUAGAGAGUACUAUAAUAACACAAAGACCGUGGCUGAUUAUACGACUGUUUUGAAGCAAGUUGUUCGGGGACUUUCUGGAGACGGAUUUGACAAAAUUGCCGAGGAUGUUGUAGCCUUUGAAAAGAAGCUCGCAGAUGUGACUCCGGACACCCAAACCCAGGAAGAUGUUACCAAAUACUACAAUCCCCUUAGCGUCAAGGAAACGGAGGCAUUGCUACCUGAGAUCUCUUUUGCUGAUAUUAUUUCAUCUUUGGCACCCCAUGACUACAAGGUUGAUCGCCUAAUUAUUGGCUCACCUUCCUAUAUGAAGGCAUUGUCUGUUCUCUUGAAAGAUACACCCAGGGAGACUGUUCUACUCUUCUUGCAGUGGAAGCUCAUCCAAGCGUUUGCGGAUGUUAUUGAGGAUUCCUCCGUCGAACCCCUUCGGCGAUUCCGGAAUGAACUCGCCGGCAAAGAGCCUCAGGCCAAGGAGGAGCGAUGGCGUAAAUGCCUCGGACAUCUGGAUGAAGGGCUUGAAUGGAGCCUCAGCCGUUUCUAUGUGCUCGAUGCGUUCUCUGAGGACUCAAAGAAACUUGGCGAUCAGAUAGUUUCCGAUAUCAAGGAGCGAUUUAUCUUCACCUUGGACCAGACUAGCUGGAUGUCCCCGGAUGUCCGAAAAUUGGGCAUUGAGAAGGUAGGAAACAUUAUCCAGAAGAUCGGAUUUCCCACAAAGAGUCCCAAUGUUUUGGACCCCGAUGAUGUGAAUAAAUUCUAUCGGGAUUUGGAAUUGUCCAAGGACACUUUCUUCGAGAACGAGGUGGCUAUGGCGAGGUUCCAACUUCAUAAUGAAUGGUCUAAGCUCGGAAAGCCCACCAACCGUGACGAAUGGGACAUGAGUUCACCGACUGUUAACGCUUAUUACAACCCGCCAGGGAAUGAGAUUGUCUUCCCAGCCGGUAUUAUGCAACCGCCGGCGUUCUAUGGACCUUCGGCUCCAUUGUAUCUAGCAUAUGGUGCAUUUGGUGCCGUCAGUGGCCACGAACUUUCACAUGCUUUCGAUUCUACCGGUCGUCACUACGACGAGAGUGGGAACUACACUAACUGGUGGGAUGAUAAAACCGUUGAAGCAUUUGAAGAGCGUGCUCAAUGCUUUGUCGACCAGUAUUCCAAGUUUACUGUCAUUGGCCCCGAGGACAAGGUCCUCAACGUGAACGGACGGCUGACAUUGGGUGAGAACAUUGCCGACGCUGGAGGUUUGACAGCAUCAUACCACGCAUGGAAGAAGCAUGAUGAGGCAAAGCCUGACCCCCAUCUCCCGGGAUUGGAUGCAUUCACCAAGGAGCAGCUGUUCUUUAUAUCUUAUGGUAACUGGUGGUGUGGGAAGACUACCAAGGAGGCGGCUGAGCAAGCGAUCUAUAACGAUCCCCAUGCGCCCAAAUCAGCACGGAUUAUCGAAACUAUGGCCAACUCCAGGGAAUUCAAGAAUGCCUUUAGUUGCCCAGAUAAGAAGCCACGAUCGCUGCUCAACACAAGCGGGAGCAAGCCUCGGGGCAUGACCGAAUUCAGCAUCGACGGCCAGAUCCCAAAAUGA